UUCAGUUUCCACUUUCCACUAAAAUCGGAACACAAAAAAAAAAAUUCACACUCACUCCGCCGCACACACCCACCGACACCACCAAUAAUGUCUACUUCUCCGGCGACUCUCCCCGUCACCAAUCAGCAAGCUACUCAAUCUCAACCACCGAUCAAUUCCCACGCCUUCCGGACUUUCCUCUCGCGUCUCUCCUCUUCCCUCCGCGAAAGCCUCUCGCAGCGCCGUCCAUGGCUAGAACUCGUAGAUCGGAGCUCAUUCGCUAGACCUGACUCUCUCACCGAUUCAUUCACCCGGAUCCGUAAGAAUCUCGCCUACUUCAAAGUCAAUUACUCCUUAAUCGUAUCCUUAGUCCUCGCCUUCUCCCUCCUCUCGCAUCCGUUCUCGCUCCUCGUCCUCCUCACUCUCUUAGGCUCAUGGAUGUUUCUAUACCUCUUCCGAUCUUCCGAUCAGCCUUUGGUUAUCUUCGGACGUACUUUCUCAGAUCGCGAGACCUUGCUCGCUCUUGUUUUGACUACGAUCGUGGUUGUGUUCAUGACGAGCGUUGGAUCUUUGUUGACCUCGGCGUUAACGAUUGGGAUCGCGAUUGUUUGCUUACACGGUGCGUUUAGGGUUCCGGAUGAUUUGUUCUUGGAUGAACAAGAGGGUUCUGCUAAUAAUGCUGGAUUGCUCUCUUUCAUUGGUAACUCUGCUGCUACUUCUGCUGCUGCUUCUGUUGUUGCAGGACGAGUUUGAAUGGUUUUGGUUUUUAUGAUAUUUUGAGUAUAGUUUCUAUAUGAAAGAUCUGUGUAAGGGUUAGAUGAUCUAAAGAAUGCAAUUGUUCUGUUGUUCAAUUUCGUCAUAAUUUAGAAAGUUUGGAGAUGGAUACUUCUCAAUUGUUAUUGCCUCAACUCACACUGUAAGAUCCCAUCUACUUUAAAAUCAAUGUGGUACUCUUUUGUUGCUCUUA